AUGGCCCGCAGGGUGCUCAAGCUCGCUUCGUGGACCAGCAUGGCUCUCGCCGCCUCCGGCGUCUGCCUCUACAGCAGCAAGUGCUUGGACCCCAACGACUUUGGUGCUAUCAGGGUGGGCCGAGCGGUGGCCACGACAGCUGUGAUCAGUUACGACUAUCUUACAUCCCUGAGGAGUGUCCCCUAUGGCUCAGAGGAAUACUUGCAGCUUCGAUCCAAGGUACACCUCCGCUCUGCCAGGCGCCUCUGCGAGCUCUGCUGUGCCAACCGGGGCACGUUCAUCAAGGUGGGCCAGCACCUGGGGGCUCUGGACUACCUGCUGCCGGAAGAGUACACCAGCACGCUGAAGGUGCUGCACAGCCAGGCCCCGCAGAGCAGCAUGAAGGAAGUGCGCCAGGUCAUCCGCGAGGACCUGGGCAGAGAGAUUCAUGAUUUGUUCCUGAGCUUUGAUGACACCCCUCUGGGAGCGGCCUCCCUGGCCCAGGUCCACAAGGCCGUGCUGCGUGAUGGGCGGACGGUGGCUGUGAAGGUCCAGCACCCAAAGGUGCAGGCUCAGAGCUCGAAGGACAUUCUUCUGAUGGAGGUGCUUGUCCUGGCCGUGAAGCAGCUGUUUCCAGAGUUUGAGUUCAUGUGGUUGGUGGAUGAAGCCAAGAAGAACCUGCCUCUGGAGUUGGAUUUCCUCAAUGAGGGAAGGAACGCUGAGAAAGUGGCCCAAAUGCUGAAGCACUUUGACUUCUUAAAGGUCCCCCGCAUCUACUGGGAGCUGUCCACCAAGCGGGUGCUUCUGAUGGAGUUUGUGGAUGGCGGGCAGGUCAACGACAGACACUACAUGGAGCGGAACAAGAUUGACGUCAACGAGAUCUCGCGUCACCUGGGCAGGAUGUACAGCGAGAUGAUCUUUGUCAACGGCUUCGUGCACUGUGACCCCCACCCAGGCAAUGUGCUGGUGCGGAAGCGGCCGGACACGGGAAAGGUGGAGAUUGUCCUGUUGGACCACGGACUGUACCAGGCGCUCACGGAGGAGUUCCGCCUGGACUACUGCCGCCUCUGGCAGUCGCUGAUCUGGACCGACAUGCAGAGAGUGAGGAAGUACGGCCAGCGCCUGGGAGCCGGCGACCUCUACCCCUUGUUCGCCUGCAUGCUGACGGCCCGGUCCUGGGACGCGGUCAACAGGGGCAUCGGCCAGACUCCCGUCACCGCCACAGAGGACUCAGAGAUCCGCAACCACGCGGCCAACUACCUCCCCCAGAUCAGCCAGCUCCUCAACCGCGUGCCGCGCCAGAUGCUGCUCAUCUUCAAGACCAACGACCUGCUGCGAGGCAUCGAGGCCGCCCUGGGCAUCCGCGCCAGCGCCAGCUCCUUCCUCAACAUGUCGCGAUGCUGCAUCAGGGCACUGGCCGCGCACAAGAAGCAGAAGACCCGUUCACUCUUCAGAAGGGCCCGGAUCUCUCUCAGGGAGGCCUUCAGCUUAUGGAAGAUCAACCUUCACGAGCUCGUUCUGCACGUGAAGGGGCUGAGGCUCACCGGCUGGGUCUGGGCUCUGCUCUGCUGGCUGCUGCCUGCUCCACACUGA